AUGCACCUCUGGCAAACACAAGGAAGCACAGUCGAGACGAUCAGAACGACCAUGCAAGAACAACAUGGAUUUGAAGCCAGGCUCUGCGUCACAUACUGCGACUCGUUGAUUACCACCAAAGUCAAAAUCAUAGCUGUGAUCUGUUUAUUGGAGGGCAGCGAGUUGAUCGACCAAAGAUACAGAGAUGUCGAAGGCGGUAUGGUCGGAACAUCGGUUCUGAUCAACACCCUCCUGAUGCAGGUCCCAGAGGGGGUCACAUCCAGGCUACACACACAACAGAACACACAUGAUGGAAGUGCGCAAGUUGAUGUGGAUUUGCAACUUUCGUCCGGCGGGGCGAUGAGAUCUACUGAAUUACCCGGCAAUGAGAUUGUUGCCGACAAUCCACUUGAUAACCUCUUGGUAGACAUGGGGGAUGCGAACGCUCUCGAUAUCGACCUCAGUGCAUCUCAUCCAGAAGGCAUGCCCGCAUCUGGGAGCAAUCUACUUCCUUUAUCGCCUUCUACUAUGGCAAAGUUUAUGGGCGAUGGCCUGGGUCCAAUGUCUGACGACGGCGCUGUAGGCCUGUCGUUUGCCAAUCCAGUUGACGAGAUCGAGGUUACGAAUCAGCGAGAAAGCGGGCAAAUGUUUGAGGUUGAACAAGGCGCUUUGUCCCCCUUAUUCGCCCUGACGCCUUUCGAACACACUCAGUCGCCCGGUGCCAACUUCUCUUUUUCGCCUUUUCAGUCUGGUGUCGCAGGAGUGAACGAAUUCCUUCGAUCCAUUCCCAUAUCUGGAUUACUGAACGGGUUGCCUUUAUCGCCGCUUGUAUCCAGUGUAAACUUCAACAUGAGUUCCGGGACUUUUCUAGCGAGGCUCAAACCCUUUCGCAACCUGAAGCUUUUGAGAAUCUCCACCCUCGACUUUCUUCAAGAAACAGGCAAUGUUUUCUCUCAGGCCCUGGCCGAAAAUCUGUUCAGGGCUGCGAUUGAGGCCUGUGAGCCCCAGGUUGUGCGGGCCCUUCUGAAGACUAGUCUUGUGGACGUGAACGCCAUUGUCUGUACCGAGUUUAUCGAUAAAUCUCACGAUUUUGGUCAGCCAAUGCAGGUUCGCCGCACGCCGAUUGAGAGAGCAGCUGCGUUGCGUCAUAUUGAGAUGACGGAAUGUCUGCUUGACGCAGACGCUGAUGUCAACAAAACCUAUGUAGUUGAACAUUGGAAAUCGGAAUACGACGCCCUAGAAUGCGCCCUUGGUAUAUGGCCCAAAUGCGGGGAGAUCGAUAUCAAGUUGGUGAAGCUGCUUCUAGAUCACGGUGCUGAAGUAUCUGUCAGGAUACUUGAGACGGUCAUCUUCUGCAGAAAUGAAGACUUGAUUGUGGCAGUCCUGUCUAAAUUCUCUCCGUCCUGGCAUGCGAAGUUAUUUGAAAAGAAGCAUGAAUCAUCUUGCCUUCUCGUCAAUAUCAUCAUUCAUAUUCCCAACGAGCUAGCCAACAAGGUUGUGCAUUGGACCAUACAGGCGUGUCAAAGUACAAACUGCAACCAAUGUAUGGACGACCGCAAGGAGCCCAUAAAAGACGCAACAGUCGCUGCAGCGAAGAGGGGAAACCUACAACUCAUCGAGCUAUUACUUACAUAUGCGUUCUUGGAUGGGCUGGACGGUGUGCUUGCAGCAGCUGUCAGAUCAGGCAGCCGGGCGCUCGUCGAAUAUCUUCUAAACAAAGGCGUCAAUAUAGAUGCACCACCAUGCUGCAUCAACCUCGAGCGUCAUUUGCCGAAUACCUAUACAACACCAUUGACAACACCAUUGGCAGAAGCAAUUCGAACAGGCAAUGACGUACUGAUCAACCGUUUCGAAGAAGGCGGCACACUUGCUCGCCUGGAAGAAGAUGAUCGUUUUGAAUUCUCUCUGCUAGCUGCAACGGAGGUUGGCAAUGCGCCCUACCUUCAAAAGCUCCUUCAAAUGGUGCCGCAUCCAACCCAGUCGGCGCUCAUGCAGGCUUUUCGCCGGGCGAUGCAUGACAAACAUGAAGACAUUGCUUUGAUACUACUUGCAGCUGGUGCUUAUACAAAUCGUCUAUCUUUGAAGAAGGCGUUGAAGAUGAAAAGUAGACGAAUGUUUUCGGCAAUCCUGGAGUGUAACCCCGACAUCCAUUACGGAUAUGACGCAACUUUCGGGACCGUCUUGGAUAAAAGUUGCGGAAUUGACGAGGAUGCCAAAGAUUGCGUAAUUGGUUCUCACAUAUUCAAGCCCGUUCUUUUGGAGAUGGCCUCCGCAUGGGGAGAAUUGUCUAUUGUUCAAGACUUGAUCUUUAUCGGCGCUGACCUCAAUGCAUUUACACAUGCUCCCGCCCUGUCUGUCGCAAUACAGACAGGUAACGAACCCUUGAUUAAGCUUCUGAUCUACUCUGGGGCUGAUGUCAAUGCUGGCUUCGACUAUCCCCUGGGGGCCACCAAUACCAUUGUUUCUCCCCUCGCUGCUGCCGUGUCCGUGCAAGAUUCAAGCCUCAUACACUCUCUUCUGAACCGAGGCGCAGACCCAGCGAACACCGGGGCAUUAAUUGGGGCUCUAAACGCACCUGGCGAAGUCCUUAGCAUCAUGCUUCGGAAUUUUUGCCAACGAUAUCCCAACGGACGCACCGGUUUUGGAGGCACGGUGUUGCUGUCCGCCCUCAAGAUACACUCGGCUGCGGUCCUGGAUCUUUGCUUGGGCGCCAAACUAGACGUCAACAGCUUUAUAUAUGAUGAUAGAUCCGAGUUGAAUGGAUUAGAAAAUGUGACUUUCUUCGGAUUCGUUAUCCGCGAGUACGGUUGCAGUCAUUUGGACUUGGUCAAAAAGCUCCUGGAUGCUGGAGGGGAUAUCAACGGCCCAGCAAGUUUAAGAGCACGUUAUGAAGCCGUAAGAACUUUACCUCCCCCGAAUUUCUUCAGCAUAAUACGUAAUAAAGGUACCCAGACUGCCUUUCUGGAGUCCAUACAAACAAAGAGUUUGUCCUUGGUCGAACUGCUCAUCCAAAGGGGGGCAGAUGUCCAAAAAGCAGCGAGGUUAGGGUUGAAACAUACCCCCUUGCAAAAGGCUUGCGAAGUAGGAAGCCUACAAAUCGUGGAACUCCUCUUACAGCACGGCGCAGAUGUCAACGCACCCCCUGCUUUCAGUCAAGGUGCAACGGCACUCCAACUUGCAGCGAAGAUUGGAUCGAUACAAAUGGCUCAGCGUCUGCUUGGUUGCGGUGCGCAUGUGCAUGCUCCUAAGGGUCAGGUUGACGGGUACUCUGCACUUGAAUUUGCUGCAAAGUAUGGACGGUUUGGGAUGAUAAGCUUUUUGGCGAAGAAAGCAGACCCAGCGUUCACAGCGAAGGACUAUGAUGAAGCAGUUGUGCGCGCGCAGGAGGAGGGCCACUUGGCUUGUGUCUCUGUGCUUCAAGAGCUCAAGCACAGCUCUCAGGAGUAUAUUGGCUUUGAUUGUUGA